GGUGGGACCGCACGCCUAUACCAUAUGAUAUCGCCAAACAAAUUCACUGAAUGCUCAAACCAAAGCGAAGCAACCUUGAGAGAGAGAGAGAGGGAAGGCAGCCUCCCCCGAAUUUCUACGCAUUUUCCAUCUCGCUUCGCUUUGAGCUCAGCCCUUUUCACACCGCACCCUUUCCUCUGCACAAGUGAGAGAGAGAGAGAGAGCUACUUUCUUCUUCUGUUGUGCAAUAAAUAUCUACUUUUUAUCUUUACUGUUAUCUACUUUCCUUGGUUCCACCUAAAUUCACCAAAAGGCUGGCUCAUUUUUAGGAAUUUAGUUGGGGAUUUACUGCUGCGCCAUUCCUGAUUCUUUUCCUGUUUUUUCUUGUCCGAUUGUUUGUCUGCAUAUAUACUUUCCUCCUUUCCUUUUGAACGUUGUGGAGGAAUUUUGAUGAUCCUUUCCGUUUAGUUAUGGGAAAUUGCUUUGGUUCCUCUGCGAGAGUUGACGCUACCCUUAGCACCACAUCUGAAGCAUCACGAUUCGCCUGCAAAAACAGCAAUUCAUCAGCUCCAUCCAACAUAAGCAUUCCCUCGUACAGUGCUAAAAGCAGUGCCGAAAGCCUCCCGACUCCAAGAUCAGAAGCUGAGAUUCUGUCAUCCCCUCAUGUGAAGGCCUUCUCCUUUAAUGAGUUAAAGAAUGCAACCCGAAACUUUCGACCUGAUAGUCUUCUUGGGGAAGGAGGAUUCGGCUACGUUUUCAAAGGAUGGAUUGAUGAGCAUACUCUUACUGCUGCGAGGCCUGGAUCAGGAUUGGUCAUUGCUGUCAAGAAGUUAAAACCGGAAGGAUUCCAAGGCCACAAAGAGUGGUUGACAGAAGUUAAUUACCUGGGUCAACUUCGCCAUCCAAACCUAGUUAAACUUAUCGGCUACUGCUCGGAUGGUGACAAUCGGCUAUUGGUCUACGAGUUCAUGCCAAAAGGAAGCCUAGAGAAUCAUUUGUUCAGAAGAGGGCCUCAACCUCUGUCUUGGGCUACUAGAAUCAAGGUGGCUAUAGGUGCUGCCAGAGGCCUUUCUUUUUUGCAUGAAGCCGAACAGCAAGUCAUAUACAGAGAUUUUAAAGCAUCGAACAUUCUUCUAGACGGGGAAUUCAAUUCAAAGCUGUCCGACUUUGGUUUGGCAAAAGCUGGCCCUACCGGUGAUAGAACUCAUGUGUCGACUCAAGUUAUGGGCACACAUGGAUAUGCUGCACCAGAGUAUGUUGCCACAGGUCGGUUGACAGCAAAGAGCGAUGUAUACAGCUUUGGGGUAGUUCUGCUCGAGCUGCUAUCCGGGCGUCGUGCUGUUGACAAAACGAAAGUAGGUGUGGAGCAAAACUUAGUGGAUUGGGCAAAACCAUACAUGGGCGACAAGAGAAAACUGUUCCGCAUAAUGGACAUCAAACUGGAGGGGCAGUACCCUCAGAAAGCAGCCUUCACUGCUGCCACCAUUGCCGUGCAAUGCUUGAGCCACGAGGCGAAGCAGAGGCCGCGUAUGGCGGAGGUCUUGGUCAAACUCGAAGAGCUCCAAGCACCAAAGAGCGCAGCCAGACACUCAAAGAUGGAUAACCAGCAAGGCGAACACAUACCCAUGUUGCAGUCGAAGCACCAUUCGCCUAUGAAUAUGACGCCGUUGGCAUCUCCGGUGCCGGCACACCGGAGGUCCCCUCGUGUAAGAUGAGGCGGGCUCUACUGGUUGUUGUAUGCUUAAUCACAUCAUAUUACCUCGAUAUUCAUCUGUAAAUUUCCCACUUAGGAUCACAUUUUCGUGUUUGUAUUGUUGGUGGAUUGUGGCUUAUGUUACAUCUCUAUUUUUCUUUCGGGAGUCGGAGGGAAAAGCAGUUUGAAUUGAAUUCAAGAUCUCUCCUUUUUUCACAAAA